CCGCGCCCGGCCGUUAGUAAUUAUUUUAAAGUACAUGACAUUUAGAGCUUCAAGUAAGGUACAGAAUGAGCACAUGUUGUUGGUGUACACCAGCUGGUGUUUCCACCACUGACUUCCUAAAGCACUAUGCGUCCAACACUCGAUCCAGCGAAUUUCAAACAGCCAAUGAAGACCUCUGCUACUGCUUAGAGUGUGUGGCUGAAUACCACAAAGCAAGAGAUGAAUUGCCAUACUUGCAUGAGGUUUUAUGGGAGUUAGAAACCUUACGUCUCAUAAAUCACUUUGAAAAAUCCAUGAAGGCAGAAAUUGGAGAUGAUGAUGAAUUAUAUAUAGUAGACAGCAAUGGGGAGAUGCCACUGUUUGACGUUACUGGACAAGACUUUGAAAAUAAGCUUCGAGUUCCUCUUCUUGAAAUACUGAAAUAUCCUUACUUGCUUCUACAUGAACGUGUUAAUGAGUUAUGUGUCGAAGCACUUUGUCGGAUGGAACAAGCCAAUUGCUCCUUUCAGGUGUUUGACAAACAUCCAGGGAUCUAUUUGUUUUUGGUCCAUCCCAAUGAAAUGGUUCGGCGUUGGGCUAUCCUGACUGCAAGAAACUUGGGGAAAGUGGACAGAGAUGAUUAUUAUGACUUACAAGAGGUUUUAACUUGCCUUUUUAAAGUCAUUGAGUUGGGGCUUUUGGAGAGUCCAGACAUUUAUACUUCUUCUGUCCUUGAGAAGGGUAAACUGAUUCUUCUGCCCUCACACAUGUAUGAUACUACCAACUACAAAAACUAUUGGUUAGGUAUUUGCAUGUUGCUGACCAUUCUUGAGGAACAAGCCAUGGAUUCACUAUUGUUGGGCCCAGACAAACAAAAUGAUUUUAUGCAAUUAAUACUUCACACCAUGGAGAGGCAAUCAGAUGAUGAUAGUGUCGAUCCUUUCUGGCCAGCAUUACACUGUUUUAUGUUGAUUCUGGAUCGUCUUGGUUCUAAGGUCUGGGGUCAACGUAUUGAUCCUAUUGAAGCAUUUCAAACCAUUAUCAACAACACAAGCUACAAUAGAGAGAUUCAGCAUAUACGGAACAGCUCUGUAAGGACCAAGGUAGAACCGGAGUCAUAUUUGGAUGAUAUGGUGACAUGCAGCCAGAUUGUAUACAAUUUUAAUCCUGAAAAGACCAAAAAGGAUUCUGGAUGGAGAACAGCCAUUUGCCCAGAUUAUUGUCCUAACAUGUAUGAAGAAAUGGAAACGUUAGCCAAUGUACUUCAGUCAGAUAUUGGCCAAGACAUGCGUGUUCAUAACAGCACAUUUUUAUGGUUCAUACCUUUUGUUCAGUCCCUCAUGGAUCUUAAGGAUUUGGGUGUGGCUUACAUACUAGAGGUUAUUCAUCAUCUGUACUCUGAAGUCAAAGAAGUCCUCAACCAAACAGAUGCCGUGUGUGACAAAGUCACUGAAUUUUUUCUUCUAAUUUUGGUAUCGGUGAUUGAACUGCAUAGAAAUAAAAAAUGUUUGCAUUUGCUCUGGGUAAGUUCCCAACAAUGGGUGGAAGCUGUUGUCAAAUGUGCCAAGCUUCCUACCACUGCAUUUGCACGGAGUUCUGAGAAGUCAUCUGGAAAUUGCUCCAAAGGAACAGCAAUGAUAUCAUCACUGUCGUUGCAUUCAAUGCCAUCUAAUUCUGUACAACUUGCUUGUGUGCAGUUGAUUAGAAGUCUUCUUAAAGAAGGUUAUCAGCUUGGGCAGCAUUCUCUUUGCAAGCGAUUCUGGGAUAAGCUCAACUUAUUCCUUAGAGGAAAUUUAUCUCUAGGCUGGCAGUUGACUAGUCAGGAAACCCACGAGCUACAAACUUGCUUAAAGCAAAUUAUUAGAAACAUAAAAUUUAAAGCACCUCCAUGUAACACUUUUGUGGAUCUGACUUCUACAUGUAAAACGUCUCCUGCAUCUAAUAAUAAAGAAGAAAGUGAGCAAAUAGGGAAGAAGUCUAGAAAAGAUAUGCAUUGUUGGGGAGAUUCCAGCCCAACAUUUUCUAAAGAACCAAUGAAAACGCAAGACAAUGUAUUGAUCAAAGCAGAUAACAGUAUAGAAGGUGACAAUAAUGAGCAAGAUUCUAUAAAGGAUGUAAAACUAGAAGACCAUCUCUCAGCUGGGUCAUGCUUAAAGCAGAGUAGUAAAAACCUUUUUACUGAAAGAGCUGAAGGUCCAAUUAAAAUAAGUACAAGGAACCAGAAGUCUGUAAAAGAGAACUCUUCAUAUACAUCAAAGAAUUGUACUUCAAGAAAUGGUCCAGAAAGGGGAUGUGACAGAGGAAUAAUAGUAUCAACGCAUUUAUUGACUGAUUCUAGCACUGAUGCUUUGGAAAAAGUGUCUGCAUCAAAUGAAGAUUUCUCUUUAAAGGGUGAUGCUCUUGCUAAAACCUUAAAACAAAAAAUUAAGGAAAAGAAAGAUGAAAUCUGUGCAAAGUUAUCACAUGUAAUGAAGCAACACAGGAAGAUUACUUUGGUCAAUAAUGCUAUCAAUUUAGAUGAAAAUCCAACUGUAUCUAACAUUGAGAGUUUCUAUUCAAGGAAAGACACAGGAGUUCAGAAAGGAGAUGGUUUCAUACACAAUCUUUCUUUAGACCCUAGUGGUGUUCUGGAUGAUGAUAAGAAUGGAGAACAAAAAUCUCAGAACAAUUUAUUGCCAAAAGAGAAACAAUUAAAGAAUGCAGAGUUAGAUAUUUUCUCUUCCCAUGAAAACAAUUGUAAAAUACAGGAAUGUCAUGUUGUUGAUAAAGAUUUGAUCCCCUUUACAGAAAUGACCGAUACUGUAGUGAAGCAAUCAUCUUCCUUUAAUGAUCUUGUGACUGUACCUGAAUCAAGAGAUAAGGAGAUGAGUAAUAGUACCAAUCGGAUUUCUUUUAGCUUGACAAGAGAACAGGCCCCUGUUAUCAGUCCUAAAUCUGACACCUUAACGGAUUCUCAGAUAGACAGAGACCUUCACAAAUUAUCUUUAAUAGCUCAAGCCAGUCUUAGUAAGUUUCCAUCAGAUUCACCUCAGAGCUCAUCCCAGCUACAAAGGAAAGUGAAAGAACAUAAAAGAUGUUUCACAGCUAACCAAAAUAAUGCUGGAGAUACCUCCUGUGGACAGGUUAUUAUUAUUUCAGAUUCUGAUGAUGAUGAUGAAACAAUCCUGAGUCUUAAGAAACUCACUAAACAGGACAAAAUAUGCAUUGAAAAGGAAAGCCCAGGGCAGCACAUUUCAAUAGUUAAUAGUAAGGAGGAAAAGAAUCCAGUAAAGGAAGAAAAGACAAAGUCUCUCUUGCAGCUUGAGGAAUGUGAUUCUCAGUGUUUUGAGUUUGAAAGUACAUUUGAAGUGUUUUCAGUUUGGCAAGAUUAUCUAGACAAUAAUAAUUCAGUUCAAGAUGAUGAGAAAAAUUGUUUGACUCAUAUAGCCAAUAUCACAGAUGAUCGGGGUUGUACAGAUUAUGUAUCUGAAGUUGUUGAAAAAGGAGCAGAGGGCACUGAAGAACACAUGAGACAACAGAACAGUAGUAUUUCUGUUGAGGAAUUUUGUGAAAUUGAAGUAAAAAAGCCUAAGAGAAAACGAUCUGAAAAACCAAUGGCUGAAGAUCUUGUGAGGCCUUCAUCUUCUGUCAUAAAUGAGGGCCAGUCUGAUACUAAUAAGAGAGAGCUUGCUGGAAACGAUUUUAAAAGUACAGCUGGAAGGACUACUACUCCCAAUUCAAGUAUUCAGAGAGCCACUACAGUUUCACAAAAGAAAUCUUCAAAGCUUUGUGCUAAUUCAGAACCUGUCAAGAAAGUUCCAGUUUCUAAGAACCCUAAGAAAACGCAUUCAGAUGCCAAAAAAGGACAGAAUAAGAGUUCCAAUUACCUAAGUUGUAGGACAACUCCUGCUGUAGUGCCACCAAAGAAAUUUCGUCAGUGUCCUGAACCAACUUCAACAGCUGAGAGACUUCGCCUGAAAAAGGGUCCUCGUAUGGCAUUUGAGUUGUCCCAGCGAUCUUUAGAUUAUUUAGCUCAAUUACGUGAUCAUGGCAGAGCUGUUGGGGUAGUUGAUACUCCAAAAAAGACUAAAUUAAUUCCUCCUCAGAACCUGUCUGUCAGAAAUAACAAGAAACUGCUGAUUAGUCAAGAACUUCAGAUGCGAAGGCAGAUGAGACCCAAAUCACAAAAAAAUAGAAGAGGACUUUCUGGUUGUAAAAGUACAGAUGCUACAAGAACAGGGCUGCAUACAGCACACAAAUCUGACACAUCUGUACCAGAAUCUGAUAGGUCAGAUUAUAAUGAUACAGGAGAAACUGAAGUUCUUGCCAACAGUAAUGGAAAACAGAUAAUAAAAUGCAUGCCUUCUGAACCAGAAACCACUAAAGCAAAACAUGGAUCUCCAGUGACUGAUGAUGUUUGCCUUUUGAACCAGUGUGAUUCUGUAGUGUUAAGUGGAACAAUACCGAUAAAUGAAGUAAUUGUCACUACUUCAGAGGACCCUCUAGGUGGAGGUGAUCUGUCAGUACAUCAUAUAGAAACGGCAACUUUGAAAGAGGGAGAGCCUGACCCCAGCAGUAAUACAGAGGAAGAUAACUUAUUUUUAACACAGCAUGAUCCUGAAGAUAUGGAUUUAUGUUCGCAAAUGGAGAAUGAUAAUUAUAAAUUCAUUGAACUAAUUCAUGGAAAAGAUACAGUUCAGGUUGAAGAAGAUUCUGUAAGUCGGCCUCAGUUGGAAUCUUUGAGUGGCACAAAGUGUAAGUACAAAGAUUGUGUUGAAGCCACGAAAAAUCAGGGUGAAUACUGCUCAGAACACUCUGAAGUGAAAGCGGCAGAUGAAGAUGUAUUUCGUAAACCUGGCUUGCCCCUUUCUGCAUCUAAACCUUUGAGACCUACCACUGCUAAGAUUUUUAGCUCAAAGAGUACUUCACGAAUUGCUAGUCUUUCUAAAUCUUUGGAAUCUUCUUCAGCCCUUUCACCAUCCCUAAAAAAUAAAUCAAAUGGGUUACAGUCAAUUUUGAAAGUACCACAGCCAACUCCCCUUGUAUCUCAGAAGCCAGUGGAUGAAAUGAAUUCAUGCAAUGUUCUUCAGCCUCAGUCUCCAAAUAAUUCCAGCAGGCAAGGUUGCAAAGUUCCAUUUGGUGAAAGCAAAUAUUUUCCAUCUUCCUCUCCAGUAAACAUUUUCUUGACAUCGCAGUCUGUCUCUGAUACCUUCGUUAAAGAGGUCUUAAAAUGGAAAUACGAAAUGUUUUUGAACUUUAAUCAGUGUGGGCCCCCUGCAAGCCUUUGUCAGUCCAUCUCAAGACCUGUGCCUGUCAGAUUUCACGAUUGUGGAGAUUAUUUUAAUGUUUUUUUCCCUUUGAUGGUAUUGAAUACUUUUGAAACAGUGGCUCAGGAAUGGCUUACCUCUCCAAAUAAAGAGAAUUUCUAUCAGUUGCAAGUACGAAAAUUUCCUGCCGAUUAUAUAAAAUACUGGGAAUUUGUGGUUUAUCUGGAAGAAUGUGAACUGGUUAACCAACUUUAUCCAAAGGAAAACGAUUUGGUGUUUUUAGUUACUGAGAGAAUAAGCAAAGAGAAGAAAGAUACAGAGGGAAAUGACGUGCAAGAUGUCCGUGAAUAUCAUUGUGGUUAUGUUCAUAAAUUCCGCCGCACUUCAGUCAUGCGUAAUGGAAAAUUUGAGUGUUACCUUUCCAUCCAGACUCAAGAGAACUUUCCGGCCGAUUUAAACGAAUUUGUGAAUUGUAUUGUAAUCAGUUCUCUGGUGACUACACAAAGAAAGUUGAAAGCCAUGUCUCUGUUGGGUAGUCGGAACCAACUGGCUAGAGCUGUUCUGAAUCCAAACCCUAUGGACUUCUGUACAAAAGAUUUACUAACUACAACAUCUGAGAGAAUUAUUGCCUACUUAAGAGAUUUCAAUGAAGACCAAAAGAAAGCAAUAGAAACUGCAUAUGCUAUGGUGAAACACUCACCAUCAGUUGCCAAAAUCUGCCUGAUUCAUGGACCACCUGGAACAGGAAAGUCAAAAACUAUUGUUGGCCUUCUCUAUCGCCUACUGACAGAGAACCAGAGGAAGGGGUAUUCAGACGAAAAUUCCAAUGCCAAAAUCAAACAAAACCGUGUCCUCGUGUGUGCACCUUCCAAUGCUGCUGUUGAUGAACUCAUGAAGAAAAUUAUUCUUGAAUUCAAAGAAAAAUGUAAAGACAAGAAAAAUCCUUUAGGAAACUGUGGAGAUAUCAACUUAGUACGACUGGGUCCAGAAAAGUCUAUUAAUAACGAGGUUCUAAAAUUCAGUUUGGACAGCCAAGUAAACCACAGAAUGAAAAAAGACUUACCUUCUCAUGUUCAGGAGAUGCAUAGAAGAAAGGAAUUUCUAGAUUAUCAGCUGGAUGAACUUUCCCGGCAGCGAGCUCUAUGCCGAGGUGGACGGGAAAUACAGAGGCAAGAAUUAGAUGAAAAAAUUUCCGAAGUUUCUAAGGAAAGGCAGGAACUUGCUUCUAAAAUUAAAGAGGUUCAAGGACGCCCACAGAAAACACAGAAUAACAUCAUCUUAGAGUCCCAUGUCAUCUGCUGCACAUUGAGCACAAGUGGUGGUUUACUACUUGAAUCUGCUUUUCGUGGGCAAGGAGGCGUCCCCUUCAGCUGUGUCAUUGUUGAUGAGGCUGGACAGUCUUGUGAAAUUGAGACUCUUACUCCACUCAUUCAUCGCUGCAACAAGCUUAUCCUAGUAGGAGAUCCUAAACAGCUCCCUCCCACAGUCAUCUCUAUGAAAGCACAGGAGUAUGGCUACGACCAAUCAAUGAUGGCUCGCUUCUGCAAACUGUUGGAAGAGAAUGUAGAACACAACAUGAUCAGCAGGCUGCCUAUUUUGCGGCUUACUAUUCAGUACAGGAUGCAUCCAGACAUAUGUCUCUUCCCUUCCAAUUAUGUUUAUAACAGAAACUUAAAAACAAAUAGACAGACAGAAACCAUUCGGUGUUCAUCAGACUGGCCAUUUCAACCAUACCUUGUGUUUGAUGUUGGAGAUGGUUCAGAAAGACGGGAUAAUGACUCAUAUGUAAAUGUUCAAGAAAUAAAACUGGUGAUAGAACUAAUUAAGCUAAUUAAAGACAAAAGAAAGGAUGUCACUUUUCGAAACAUUGGCAUUAUAACUCACUACAAGGCCCAGAAGACGAUGAUUCAGAAGGAUUUGGACAAAGAGUUCGAUAGAAAAGGACCAGCAGAAGUAGAUACUGUGGAUGCAUUCCAGGGUCGGCAGAAGGAUUGCGUGAUUGUUACAUGUGUCAGAGCAAAUACCAUGCAAGGUUCAAUUGGGAAUUCUUCUGUGCCCAGUACCCUGUAUUGGGACAGAGAAUUCCUGGCAAGUUUGCAGAGGUUGAAUGUCACCAUCACACGAGCCAAGUACAGCCUCUUCAUCCUUGGACAUUUGAGGACCCUGAUGGAAAACCAGCAUUGGAAUCAGCUGAUUCAGGAUGCUCAGAAGCGUGGUGCCAUUAUUAAGACCUGUGACAAAAACUAUAGACAAGAUGUAACGAAGAUUCUGAAACUCAAGCCUGUGCUACAGAGAAGUCUCACUCACCCUCCUGCCAUAGCCCCAGAGGUGUCCAGGCCCCAGGGUGGCUUACCCAGCCCCAAGCUAGACAGUGGAUUUGCUAAGACAUCUUUUGCUGCCUCUCUAUACCACACACCCUCUGACUCCAAGGAAGCUCCUCUCACUGUUAAUUCAAAGGACCCUGAAAGUCCUGUUCAAGACCAACUUCGGGACCCACGACUGCUGAAGAGGAUGGGCAUUGAGGUCAAAGGAGGAAUAUUCCUGUGGGAUCCACAACCUUCGAGCCCCCAGCAUCCUGGAGUAACACCCCCUGCAGGAGAGCCGGGCUUCCCUGGCGUUCACCAGGACCUGGGUAACGUACUACAGCCCUCUGCUCUAGUGGCUGCUCUGAGCAGCCUCAGACCUCCUGUGCAGGGUGAACCUCCAGCUGCCAGCACCGAGGCUUCCACGUGUCAGAGCAAAUGUGAUGACCCGGAAGGGGAGCUCUGUCACAGGAGAGACGCUAGGGCUCUCGGUGAAGGGGAGCAGGAGAACUGUGGUUCUGAGACCCGUUAUACCAAGAGGAACUCUCGCUGGGACAGGAGGAGUCCGGAGAAGGAGGAAAGCAGUUCCAAGAAAAGAAAGCUUUUAUAGGACAGCCAGAUGACAUGGACUAGCAGCCACAGUGUACUGUCAACUGAAGAUGACCAGAGGGAGGCCAUCUAGAUAAGCUCAUUUGUUUUUCUUAAGGAGUUUGUGUUGUUGGAAAACAUGGAGAAUGUAUCCUUAUCACCAGAGCCUCUGGUCAUCUUCAGUACUUCCUGUCAUUUGCAAAAGCUUUCAGAGGGCAUUGUGUAUCAGUAAUAAUGUCCUUGAAGUCAGACUGGAAAUGUUGAUCUCUUACUCUUCUGUAGACAAGGAGGUCAGCCUGGAGUGAAUGUUGUAAAGGUUGAAAUGUAUAUUUGUAUAGCAAAUAACAAAGUUCUUUUAAAAUUUAAUCUAGUAGACCGCUUUCCUUUCCCCUGUUUAAAAUGUUAGACAUUUUUCAACAGAACAAACUUUAUAUUAAAAAGAUGGGAGGAGGGCAGGUCCUUUCAGCCAUUGUUACGGCAAGACAGGUGUAUUUGACAGCCUAGUUUGGAAUAAGCUGAGUUAGCGCUGGUGGGUCAGAAGUCUCUAGUUCUGUUUCCAACAAGAACAACAACAACACUGGCGUCUGCUGGGGGACACUGGGCAGCACAGUUAUGUUAGGUAAAGUCCUGCUGACAUGGUGCAUUUUUAGAUGCAGUACGUUGGCCCCAGGUUAUUCUGUUUCUGUGAUGAGUUCCUUUACCUGUUCUAGUAUGCACAUAGUUCCCUAGCUGAAACUCUUAAUCUUGAAAGAGAAGAAUAUGGAAUGAAAGAAUAAUUCCUGAACUGUCAUUCAAAUGCUCCUAGCAUAUUGUGAGCUUUGUGUGGCUGGUGAGGUACAGACAUGGUUGCCAAAUGGUAGAUGAACGCUGGGUCAGCUGUGGAAGAAUCUCCUCAGCUUGCAGAUUGUCAGACAGAUAGAAGUAGUUUCCCAGAAAUCCUGGGGAGCUGUGUGUGCAACAUUUCCAAGGGAUUCUGGUCACCAGGCAGCUUGGGAACCGCUGGGGCAGGCCAACUAGAAUAUUUCAGGUGGGAAAGAAGCUCCCAGUUUAAAAUGAAGGGUAACAAAAAGGAGUUCUGAACUGGGAGGAGAGUUGGCGGCUUCCUGUGAUCUUAAGAAAUCAUCUACCUGGUGAAAAUACAUGCUGUUUAGAGUAUCUGAUGGGUGUUUUCAGCUACUAUUAGAGUUACUAGUGCUUUUGGUGGUGGUGGGGAGGGGGAUUGGUCAUGGUGAAUCGAGAUUGAGGAGGCUCGGUACAAGUGAGGGACUGCCUGAUUUUGUCCAAUUUUCUAAAUAUCCACACUGAAUUAGGAGUAUCCUAAACAUGAGACUGUAUAGUUGAUAGUUGUACUAACUAGGGGUCUGCAGUGAACGCUCUGCAACCCCUUACCUCAUUUGGGGGUAGGCAAAAAUAGCCGAAGAUUCAUGUGCACUAUUUGACAUUUUCCUUAUCAUCUGCUUUUUAAGCAAAAAGGAUUUUGUGUUAGAAAUUCUACUCGAGCAGAUUAUAAAGAGCUUUUUGUUAUCAAAAGUUUGAACAUUCUAUUUCAUUACCUGUGUCCCUCUUGCUGGUGUCCGGACAUCUGACUAAUGUCAACUGAACACUUCUGAAACCCAGGGAGCAGGUGACUGCUUAGAGUCCCCACAGUCAGCCUCUGCUUCCUGUUUGGUGGUGGGGAGUUUGUCUUUGGCCAUGCAGUGUGCGAAAGUUCAGGACGGGUAGGGAUAGCCCCACUCUGUCUGGGUCUGGGGCUCUAUCAGCCUCUUCCAUGUGCCUUUGGGAAGAAAUCUCAUUGUUACUUUAUUUUUCUGUUAUCUUGGUGAAGUGCCCAUUUUAGCAGAACACUUGUGGUGACCACUUAGGGAAUGCGCAAAUUCCUAAGCUUCUGAAGGGAGGCCUGGCUCAGGAUGUCUCCACACUGCUCAUGCUAAUAUUAUUAACAUGUGAUUUGAGAAAUAAGUUUUUUCUAAAAUGCAUAUUUUGCUGCCACACACUGAACAAUUCUAUUUUCGAUUAUGUUUUAUGCCUGUUCUUAUGUUGUGCUCACUUGUUGGUUCCCUACUCACCGCAUCUGAUUAUGCAAGGAUUAGUAGAACGACUUCAUCCUUUGAAAAAAUGAGCCUGUGUCCUGUGAUGGCCUCUCACAGAGGAAUGCAGUUGUACCUGACAUUACUUUUGAAACUUCACUUGUUCCAGUUGGUACAAGUAUUUACCGAAAUUAUCUCGUAUGUUUACUGUGGUCCCUCUCGAUAUGGCUGUCAGCACAGCAUUGUUGAACAGUGUUAUUCUUUUCACAAGGUGCAAAGUGUGGCUCUUGGCACCUUCCUUCGUCUUUGCCAUGGCACUAGAAGAAAGUGCCCUUUCUUCUUUCAGUAUUCUUUAUUUCAACAUGAAUAUAUGCUACUUAAAAACUUGUUUUCGUUGUAUAUAAUUUGCCUUGGAUUUAUCGUGCACUUUGUUGAUUGUUAUGUUUUUGUGAAUUAUCAGGAGUAAAUUUGACAAGUACAUGUGAAUAACCUCCUGUAAAUGAAUUUUAUAACAAAAAUGUACCGAACUAUUUUUUAACGUUGUGCAGAUUAGCAAUUUGUUGCUAUGGCUUUGACUCUUUCUAUGCUGUGAAUUCAUAGCUGGCAUUUGGCCAACAGUAGCCUUGUCGUCUUUGUUAAACCCUAAAUUUUAAGAGGAAAUGGCAGAAUUAAAAGCAGAAACAAGAAGACGGACAUGGAUUAGAAGUUAGGUAUUACUGAAGUAAACUCCAAGGUACUAAC